CCCUCGACAGUCAAGUCGAGUCAUCGACUUCAUACUCUACUUGGUGUUGCAAUGAAAUAAAGAAUGACGACAAAGAUUUGCGUACCUUGUGGCUAUUCAAGCACCUCUUCAACCAGCAGCACGUCCGGUGUCCUUAACACAUUCAGCUUGAAUAUCAGCUAUGGAGAGUUCAAUGGAGCCUUCAAUGUUCUUCGUGAUAAUGGUGCUGCGCAGCGAAUCGUGAUCGUUCAUCCAACCCUAGUUGCACUUCGACGCGAGACACCUCAAAACUUCAUCGCCUCAUAUGUAGACGAAUACCCGAAGUCUGAAACAAGGGUUCUGCGCGGCGAGGUCCCAACUAGGUCUCAAAAUAAUCAUCCUGACUCACAAUGUCUCAGGUGCGAUCGCAAAUACGGGUCAAUCUCGUUAGGACACCCAACGUCACAUGGAGUAAGAUAGCAGAAACAUGCAACGGCCGAAGCAUAUAGCUGAGAAGCCAUCGAUAUAUUAUGAUCUUCGUUCCUGUACGCCAGUCAGUAGACUCGCCAAAUGUGGCGCGAGAACGUGCGCCACAAAGGAAUUCGGGGAGACACGGCCUAAGAUGGACUUGCGAGCUCAUCGAUGUUAUUGAGAUCUUUGCCGUGCUGAAUGAAAGAACCUUAUGUAG